AUGGCCUCAAACUUGUCCUACGAGGUCCAUCACUACGCCAAGGACCAUGAACUUCAAAGGGUCGGCGUCUGGAAGACGCCAGAUGCAACGCAAGGGACUACAAGCCCUUGGGUCAUAUACAUUCAUGGAGGCGCCUGGCGCGACUUCCGCAUAGACCACACGACCUUUAAGCCCACCAUCGACGCCAUCCUGUCGUCGUCCUCAGGCACCAAAUCUUCGUCUUCAUCACCACCACCAUCGUCGUCGCCACCUAUCGCGGGUUUUGCCUCCAUCGACUACCGCCUAAGCCCGCACCCCAGCUUCCCGCAGGACCCAGCCACGACGCCGGCGGCGGCGUACCGCAACGCGUCACACCCGGACCACCUCGACGACGUCUGGUCGGCGCUGGCCCUCCUGCAGCGGACCUACGGCUUCGGCGGCGACUACGUGCUGGUGGGCCACUCCGCGGGCGCGACGCUGGCGCUGCAGCUGCUCAUGGGGUCCGCGGCCGGCGCGGCGCCGCCCCCAUCCUCCGGGGUCGAGCUGCCGAGGGCCGUUGUCGGGCUCGAGGGCAUCUACGACCUGCAGGGGCUCGUGGACCGGCUGGGGCCGGCCUACGCAGAGCUCUUCAUCGGUGCGUUCGGCGAUGCGUCGCACUGGGCUGCUGUCUCGCCCGUGAGGUUUGCGAAGAGCUUCAGGUCUGGGUGGGAGGGGGGAGAGCUUGUGGUGCUGGGAUGGGGGCCGGAUGACGAGCUGAUCGACGGGCCCGAGAUCGAGGGCAUGGCGAGGCGUCUUGAUGAGGACAAGGUCAGGACGGUGGUGUUCAAGGAUCUCAAGGGCACGCAUGAUGGCAUGUGGCAGGAUGGCAGGCCUUUUGCGGAGGUGAUACUGCGGACCUUGGGAGCGUUGAGCAGUUAG